GGACAAAAGGGGGGCGGUGUAGGGAGGGGAGAGAAGCAAUUUACCUGUAGGCGGCUCGUUUCGUCCCUAAAAAAUGUAAACUCUAUCCCAAGCCCAAACCUCUCCGACGAUCGACGUCCGCCGUUCCUCUCUAGGGAUUAUUGGCUUCUACCGGUUGAUCCUUCGAGAAACGAUAAUGGAGGAAGCUCUUCUUUCUGAUUCCGUGAAGAAGCGAUUACGCAUGCAAAAUGAGGUCCUAAAAUUGGUGGCAGAUUUUUCAGAAAAGCUCAAUCAGAGAGCAAAAGAUAUUACUAUUGAUAUAAACUCAUUGCUGGAUCAGGCUGGAGCUGUGGAACUAGAUCUGAAGAACACAGCUAACAACCUCUGGAAUCUAUCACGUAAUCUACUUAUUGAUCAUAAGAUAGCUGACCAAGAUGGUAUUUCUCAUACCACAAAGGAUCAUGCUGAAGGUUCAGCUCAAGGCAUUCCUGCUCAGGAUUAUGAAAAAGAUAUACUACCAAGAUAUAAGACAGCUUUAUCUAUGGGUUUGACUUCCUGCAAAAAGUUCUUGAAUAAUAAGGAGAGAGGUCAUAAGACCAACUCUAUUUUUAGAACUGGCUCGUCAUGCGGUCCGCUUCCACAUGUUAUUGGAUCUGAAGAAUAUAUCCAUGACAAUGGCUGCGGUAUAACAGAAAACUCAUCCUCCAGAAAUCUGAACCUUGAUUUUAGCUUGAUAAUGGAAUCACAGCAGGCUUCUUCAGUUGAUUCCCCUGAUUUGUUUGAUCACGAUAUGUUUGUUGUUCAAAGCGGUUCGUCAGAAAAGGAUUCGGCAGAUCCUUUAGCAUCUGCUGCAGCAGAUUUUAAAGCCAUGCUUGAAGCAGCUUUGCUUAACCCUUAUAAAUUCUAUGACGAGGAGUCUUCAUCAGUGGAUAUCAAGAGUACAAUGAACAGUUUUCAAAUGCAUAACAAUACGGUAGGCUUACAAGGAGAACAAAAAACUGUUACACAUGGUAUUCUUGAUGAUCUGAGUAGUGCUUUAGAGGAAGAUAAGCCCACGUUGGUACGAGAUUUACUCCCUCACACACAUUCACACGAAUUCUAUUCCUCGCUGGUUGGUGGUAGUUUAUUCGAUGUUGAGGACGACAUGCCCUCUGGUGAUGGAACAGAUAUUUCAGCUAAUAUUGCAGAAUCAAAUUCCUUGCUUUCUGCAAUGCUUGAAACUGAUGGGCUUGCUGAAGCUACCCAUUCUUUGGACAUCACUGAAGCUUAUUCUGAUCAAAAUCUGAUUGCUUCUGCUGGUGAUUCACACAAUGAUGAACAAGGAAGUGAGGAAAGGAAUUCCCUCGAAGAAGCUAAAUUCAAGACGGAUAACAGUAAAGAAAAUCCAACUACAUGCCCUCCAGAAUAUUAGGAAUUAAUUAUGCGAGCAAGAAUUUGAGUUGGUGAUCAAGUUUUUAUCCACAAACAGUUUACAAUAGAGUAUGUCUUAGCAGCUUAGAAAAGUUAUAUGCCUCAAUUUUAAGGUGUUUCAUAUACUAUCAAUAUGAUUCACUCUAAGCCAAUGGUACAUGUUUCAAAUUUUUCUAGAAGAUGAAGUAAUUGGUAGUUUAUUCCUAUCAUAAAACCAAUGAAAAAAUUGUUCACCGUGGCCAUUGAAGGAAUGACGCAAUGACAAGUGCAGCUUGCUCGGUUAAUAGAUCUACCCGCCUAUGAGUAGUAAGCGAUUUAUCUGAGAAAACUUUUGUUUGAUAGAGUGAUAGAGAAUGAGAUGAAAGAUAAGUUGAACAAUUGUUUUUCAUCUUGUGUGGGUUAGGCUUGCCAAACUUGCUUUAUUUGGUCAUUAGCUAGGUUGGUUUAGCUAUCCAAGAAUGACAUCAAAUGUGUUUAGGUUGUUUUCUUUUUGGAUUUCGCAUGUUCAAGUGAUUUUUUUUGUCUAA